UGAAAAUCUCGUUCUUCUGCGUCUCGCCAAGCUGCCUUUCUCUUCGUGAAUCUGCUACUGCUGGUUGAACAUCGUGCUUCUGCCAAGAUCGGACGUUUUCUCGUUUAAAUCCACGCAAAACCAACUAAAAAUGGCCUUCGGAGACGUCAAGACCCCCAAGGGACUGCAGGAACUUAACAACUUCCUGGCCGAUCACAGCUACAUCGAGGGAUACGUUCCAUCGAAGGCCGACCUUUCGGUGUUCGAUGCCCUGGGCAAGGCUCCAGCCGGAGACUACGUCCAUGUUCAGCGCUGGUACCGUCACAUCGCCUCGUUCAGCAGCCAGGAACGUGCUGCUUGGGGAGGACAGGCCCUGCCUCAGGUGGCCGGUGGCAAGCCAACAGUUGCUGCCCUAGCCAAGCCUGCCGCCGAUGAAGAUGACGAUGACGUCGAUCUGUUCGGAUCGGAAGAUGAGGAGGAGAGCGCCGAGGCCGCCAAGCUGAAGGAGGAACGUUUGGCCGCCUACAACGCUAAGAAAUCGAAGAAACCCGCCCUGAUUGCCAAGAGUUCCAUCAUCCUGGAUGUCAAGCCAUGGGAUGAUGAAACCGAUAUGAAUGAGAUGCAGAAGAAUGUCCGCAGCAUCGAGAUGGACGGUCUGCUGUGGGGUGCCGCCAAACUGGUCCCGGUCGGUUACGGAAUCAACAAGCUGCAGAUCUGCUGUGUCAUUGAGGACGAUAAGGUUUCCGUCGAUGAGCUGCAGGAGAAGAUCCAGGACUUCGAGGACUUUGUCCAGUCGGUCGACAUUGCUGCCUUCAACAAAAUCUAAGCGGGAUGAGAUGGCACUUAGUUGUUUGACUUAUAACAUUCUAACUUUGAGUCCGUUCUAUUAAAGUUCCCUUCGAUAAUACAUAAUGAUUAUUUUAAAUUUAAUGCUCUUCUAAACGAAAUCCAAUAAAAACAAAAACGUUUAAGUAACAUA